AUGGCUUCACAGCAACCUCACUUUGUGUUGGUGCCACUAUUUGCUCAAGGCCAUAUGAUCCCCAUGAUAGACAUGGCUAGGGUUUUGGCUGAGCGAGGCGUCAUCGUCACUUUGCUCACAACACCUCGCAAUGCCUCUCGGUUCGAGCACACAAUUCAGAGAGCUUCAGAAUCUGGUCUUCCCAUUCGCCUUCUCAACAUCCCAUUCCCUUGCCAGCAAGUGGGUCUUCCCUUAGGCUGCGAGAAUCUUGAUGUUUUGCCUUCCAGGGGCCUUCUCAGAAAGUUCUAUAAUGCACUCGACAUGAUGCAACAACCCUUGGAGGACUACCUCCGAAGCCAAACCACUCCCCCACCUAGCUGUAUUAUAUCCGAUAAAUGUCUCUCCUGGACAUCCUUAAUAGCCCAGAAGUUCCACAUUCCUAGGCUUGUCUUCCAUGGCAUGUGUUGUUUCUCCUUGUUGUGUUCCUGCAAUAUCAUGCUUCACAAUGCUCAUCUCUCUGUAAGUUCUGACCGUGAGCCUUUUCUUAUUCCCGGACUGCUUCAGAACAUCGAGAUCACAAAAGCUCAGCUCCCUGGAGCUUUCGUUGCUCAGCCUGACUUGGAUGAUUUCCGAGACAAAAUGCAAGAGGCUGAGAUGUCCUCUUACGGUGUUGUCGUUAAUAGCUUCGAAGAGCUGGAGAAUGGAUACGCCCAGGAGUACGAAAAGGCCAUGAAUAAGAAAGUUUGGUGCAUAGGUCCGUUGUCCUUGUGCAAUAAGGAGGGUUUGGACAAGUUUGAGAGGGGAAACAAACCUUCAGUUGAAGAGAAAUAUUGUUCGGAAUGGCUCGACAAGAAGCUACCUAAGUCAGUCUUGUACGUGUGCCUAGGUAGCUUAUGUCGGCUUCUUCCAUCACAAUUAAUAGAACUUGGGUUGGCUUUAGAGUCAUCCCAAAGGCCCUUUAUCUGGGUUCUCAAAACUGCCGGAGAAGAUUAUUCAGAGAUAGAGAAAUGGUUAGUUGAUGAGGGUUUUGAGGAAAGGAUUAGAGGAAGAGGGCUUUUGAUAAAAGGAUGGGCUCCACAAAUCCUCAUACUGUCACACCCUGCAAUCGGAGCAUUCUUGACCCAUUGUGGCUGGAAUUCGACACUGGAAGGAGUGUGCUCUGGAGUACCAUUGAUGACGUGGCCUUUGUUUGCCGAGCAGUUCGUGAAUGAGAAGUUGAUUGUGGAAGUUCUCAAGGUCGGAGUUCGAGUAGGCGUUGAGGUUCCGGUGAGGUGGGGCGAUGAAGGGAAAGCUGGGGUAUUAGUGAAGAAAGAUAGGAUCAAAGAAGCCAUAGACAUGUGUAUGGAAGGUGGUGAAGAAGGUGAAAUUAGGAGGAACAGAGCCAUAGAACUUGGGAAGAUGGCUAGAAGGGCUGUUCAGGAACACGGUUCGUCUCACUCUAAUACUUCGCACUUAAUUCAAGAUAUCGUGCAACAAUCUAACCCUACUGGUUAA